CCGCAUCUUGCCGACCAACGGCGAGAUGCGCAGCCUCGAGCCGCCCGCGCUGCCGCGCCACCCCAAGGCCGACGCGCAGAGUACGAUGGCCGACCACGUGGACUUUCACUUUCGCCUCCUGCGCGAAGAUGCGCUCGCGCAAAUGAAGGUCGGGUUGCAGUGGUACCUCAACCCGGCGACGCCGGCGCGCGAGCGAAAGAAGCCGCCGCGCCACCUCAACCUCCCGCGGCUCAACGUGGCCGAAGGCGUCGAGAUGCACAAGGUGCGCGGCUCGCAGCGCCAUGGCAUCGUGUUUGAGAUCCGCGCGCCGCAGCCCGUGGCGAACGCGUCCAAGGCGGCGCUCAAGGCCUUUUGGGCUGCCGACUCGCGCUACACGGUCGGGUCCCUUGUGUGCAUUGCGCUUGCGGUCGACUACAACCGCCCACCACGUCCGCGCACCGAGCUGGAUACGGUCGCCGACAUGGCCUGCGACACGCUCAUCUUUGGCACUGUCGCCGACCGCGACGAAGCCGACCUCGUGUCGUCCCAAGAGACGUUCCGCAUUGGCAUCAAGCUCUUAAAUCCGUGCGAGAUCCGAUUGCUCGUGCACGCACUCGCGCGCGGCGGCAACCACGUGCUGUUGGAAGUGCGCGGCCUUUUUUUCACGUCGUACGCGCCCGUGCUCCAGUCGCUGCAGUCGCCCGAGAUGCUCUCGCUGCCGGCCGAGCUCCAAGCGUGCCUCUAUGGCGGGCCCGCCGGCCAGCGCUUGUGGUCGACGAUGCCGCCGUACCUGCGCGAGGCGCGGUCGUUUGACUUGACGUUUUUGCUAUCGCCUCGGUACCGGUCGACGAUUGACUUGCGCAACGUGCGCAUCGAGAGCCGGUCGCAGCUCGUCGAGCUCCUCGAAGACCACGCGCACGCGCUCAUUCUGGACGCGUCGCAGAUUGUGGCGUUUAGCGCGGCCAUGACGCAGCAAGUGUGCCUCAUCCAAGGUCCGCCCGGCACGGGCAAGAGCUACGUUGGUGUUCGCAUCGUCGAGGCGCUCGUGCGCCAGCCCCAUCUGAACAUGGGGCCGAUUCUGUGCGUCUGCUACACCAACCACGCGCUCGACCAGUUUCUGGAAGAGCUCGUGACCAAAAAGAUUGUCAACAUCAAGGACAUGGUGCGCGUCGGCGGCCGGAGCAAGUCGGAGGUGCUCACGCCAGCGAGCUUGUACGCGAUGCGCCAAGGCACGCCGCUCUCGCGCAACGAAGCGCAUCGCCGGUUUGCGGUCAAGGACGAGUGCAAGAGACUCGAAGUGUCGCUUGACGACGUCCUCGCGGACGCGUCGGACGACACCUUCUUCCAGUGGUGGAAGUACGAGCACGAAGACGCAUACGACGACAUUUGCAAGCUGACGAAGCGUCCGUGGUCGGACGACGAUGACGAAGACGGCGAGACGUGGGACGACAAGCCCAAGAAGAAGGGCGGCGACGACUAUAAAGAGCAAAACGCCAAGAAGAAGGAAAGCAAGCGGUUCAAGGACUGGGAACGUGGUGCGCCGAGCCCCGACGGGCUGCACCGUGCGUCGUUGUGGCACUGGCCGGCCCCGCAACGCCGCCUCGUGCUCGAGACAUGGAAGAACGACUACGCAACCGAGCUCAGCACGCGCAACAACAGCGUCUUUGUUCAGUACGAAGACUGCGUCGCGAAGCUCAAGGAGCUCCAGACGAGCAGCGACAAGCGGUUGCUGCUCAAGGCCAAGAUUGUGGGCAUGACGACGACGGGCUGCGCGAUGCACCAAGAGCUCGUGCGCAGCCUCGCGCCCAAGGUAGUGCUCAUCGAAGAGGCCGGCGAGGUCCUCGAAGCACAUCUUCUCAGCUGCUUGUCGUCAGCGACCGAGCACGUUAUCCAGAUUGGCGAUCACCAGCAACUGCGCCCGCUCGUGAACGAAUAUCCGCUCAGCUACCAGUCGCAGCGCGGCUACGACCUCGACAUUUCGAUGUUUGAGCGACUCGUCGAGACGGCGCACGGUGGCUUGGUCACACUCCAUACGCAACGCCGCAUGGCGCCAGACAUUUGCGACCUUAUUCGCAUCCCACUGUACCCGCAGCUCGAAGACGGUCCCAACGUCUCGACGUACCCCCGUGUGCUUGGGUUCAGACACCCGCUGUGGUUCUUUGACCAUGCGUAUCUCGAAGCCGGCAACGAGCUCUCGCACCAGAAUCCUGGGGAAGCGGAUCUUGUGGUCGAGCUGGCGACGCAUGCGCUCAUCAACGGUGCGAACGACGUUGUGAUCCUCACGCCGUACCUGGGGCAGCUUCAGCUGCUGCGGCGCCGCCUCGAGGCCAAGCACCUGCGCCUCGCACUGGAAGAGAAGGACGAAGAGGCGCUGCGGGAACUCGAGCUUGCCAACGGGGACGACGCGGUCGCCAUUAAUGCUCCUCUCGAGCCCGCCUCGGUCGUCGUCAAGAGCCUCAAGCAGUGUGUGCGGCUCUCGACCGUCGACAACUUUCAAGGCAACGAAGCUGACUUUGUGUUGGUGUCGACCGUGCGCAACAACGAGGCCGGCUCGACCGGCUUCCUCAAGGUCUCGAACCGCGUCAACGUGAUGCUUUCGCGCGCCAAGCACGGGAUGCUGCUCCUCGGGUCGGCGUCGACGCUCCAAAAGUGCCGCCACGCACGCAUGUUUCACACUGUGCUCGACAUCCUCGAGCACAAGCAGUUGCUGGGCAACUAUGUCGAGCUGCGCUGCGAGAUCCACGGCACCGUCAACCGCAUCACAAGCGUCCAGGACAUGCAACGCCUCUCGCCUGAUGGUGGCUGCACGAUCCGCUGCGAUGCGCGCCUGCCGUGCGGCCACGCCUGCGCCAAGCUCUGCCACCCUGACGACCCGGCGCACGUGACCAGCGUCUGCUUGGAAGCGUGCACGCGCGCGGUCGCCGCCUGUGGGCAUCUCUGCAAGCAACGCUGCCACGAGGCGUGUCGGUGCGGUGAGACGAUCCCAAUUCACCGCCUUGACUGCGGCCACGACGUGUUCAACGUGGCCUGCGCACUCGUCCAUGAUCCUCUGCGCACGAUCAAAUGCCCGACGCAGGUGCGCGUCACGAUGCCCGUGUGCAAGCACGAAGUCGUCGUCUCUUGCGCGAUCGCCGAGGCGCUGGCCAAAGCGACGCGCGACAAGGACGCGAAGGCCCUCGCCAAGAUUGCGAAAGGGUGCUCGGCGCCGUGCGGUGGCAUGCGGGACUGCGACCACGCGUGCACGCAGCGCUGCGCCACGUGCAUCGUUGUCGAGAAACCCAUGCACGCAGGAAGCUGCGAGUACCCGUGCGACCGCGGGCUUGUCUGCGGCCAUGCCUGCAAGGCGUUUUGCCAUGCGGCCGACGCGUGUCCGCCGUGCGAACUGCCGUGCACGGCCAUGUGCGAGCACUCCAAGUGUCCGCUGCCGUGCAAGGCGCCGUGCACAUCGUGCUCGGAGCCGUGCAUGUGGUCGUGUCAGCACACACUGGCCUCUUGUCCGCUGCCAUGCGGGAGCCCGUGCCUCCGCCUGCCGUGCGACGAGCGCUGCACGAAGGAUCUGAGCUGUGGCCACCAAUGCCCAGGCCUUUGUGGCGAAGCCUGUCCGACGCCCAAGAGCUGUCGCCACUGCGCGCCGCCCAACGACCGCCUCGAAGUUGUCGAUUUGAUCAUGCAGACGACACUCGAAGAGCACGACCCGGACGAGUCGCCGCUCGUUACGUGGCCGUGCGGCCACAGCUUUACGACCGAGAGCAUGGACGGGUACCUGGAUCUGGGCAGUGUCUUUGCGCUCGACGCUGCGUCUGGCAAAUACACCAGCAUCAAACCACUCACGCUGCAAGCUAUGACGUCCCAGCGCAAGUCGUGUCCGCUCUGUCGACAGCCGCUUCGAGGCGUGCACCGCUACGCCCGCGUGCUUAACUUUCAGAGUUUGUACGAAGCCGAGAUCAAGUACCUCAACGAAGCAAUCGCGGACGUCGCAGCGUCGACAGCCAAGCGCGCGGCGUCACAGACGCUGUUGGAUGCGACGGCGGCCAUGGGCUGGUUCCAAUCGCUGGUGACGCGCUGCGGACGCCUGGCGCCGAGCCACAAGAUGGCGAUCAAGGAGCUGCACUUUCUCCAGCGCAACGACACGCCGGAUCUCAACAUGCACCGCUACCGCAACACGAUGCAGUCGAAAGCGCUGACCCUUUUGCAGCUCGAGGCGCUCCAAGUGGCCCUGGUCGUGCUCCACGGCCUCCCCAACGCCGAGGGCAAGGCGAAAGACAAGACCAACAAGAUGAAGCAUCUCAUCAACACGGCGCUCAAGCUCGAAGCCAAGGCCACGGCCCUCUGCGUCGCAGUCGAGUCGAUCCGGUCGCUUGUCGACUGCCGCCUAGUCGGACUCAAGCUGCGCUUGGUCGCGAUGCAGAGCGGUCUCGAGCCGUAUGCGAGCAAGGACCGCGAGUCGCUCUUGCGCGAGAUGCGCGUCAGCGUCGAUGAGAUUGCGGCCUCGGCGAUGGCGAGUCCGGCGCAAAAGGCCGAGGCGGAGCAGUGGUACUCGCGAGCUUCGGGCAUGGGCGCGCUCACGCAAGCCGAGAAGAAGGAGAUCUUCCAGGUGUUUGCACGCGAUCCGAACGGAUACAAUUCGGGCUUUGGUGGCCACUGGUACUCGUGCCCGAACGGCCACCCGUACGUGAUCACCGAGUGUGGCGGCGCGAUGGAAGUGGCCACCUGCCCCGAGUGCAAAGCGCCGAUUGGCGGCAACAACCACAGUCUCUUGGGCACCAACCAGGCGGCCACCGCCUUUUUUCAGAGUGGAUGA